UGGAGGCGAGGAGAGCACACCAGCGCCCACGAUCUCAAACGUCUAUUGACACACCCACACAGACUCCCUCACUCGCUGACGGUACUACUAAGGCCUCGCGCGCUCCAGUAAGGAUGAAGUCCAGAUCUCUUGGCCAUUUAGCGUCUGUCUCUCGCUAACACCACUGACUGAAGAAGACCUCCCCUUGGCUAAAAGAUAUUCCUGUUGGUAACUUAAAAAGACAUUUCCUCCACAGGUUUAAAAGACGUUUAUGCCAGUAACUUAAAAGAAUUUUGCCAGGGAUUUAUAAAGACUUCUGCCAGUGACUUAAGGGACAUUUCAACUGCCGACUUAUUGAGGGAUUUCAACUGGAUACAGAAACUAAUCCUCGACCGGUAUUGUAAAAGAGAUUUCUCCAAAUGACUUAUGGAGAUUUCUGAGGGUGACUUUACGAAAUUUUUGCUGGUGACUAGGAAACUUCCGCUCGAGACUCACCAAAACAUCGACUGGUGACUCGAGGAAACUUACGCCGGUGACUAAAGUGAUAUAACCUCUUACUUGGUGAAGGAAAACAUGAGACAAGUACACAGUGUGGCCGCCCUGGUCAUCAUCCUCAGCUGGUGUGGCCGGACCCUCGCUCUACCUGAUAAGUUAUCUCAGGAUGACACGAAGGCGGUGGGACCGAGGGUGGGAAAGCAGGCAGGAGGAGACGCUGAUCCCUUGUGUGACUUCGGCUAUGUGGAGGAGACCACUUGGUGUACAUGGACCUCCCCAGGACCUAACGCUAACUCCAGGGCUGGAUCCAGAAAUUCAAUGACGUCAUGGACACUAUCGACAGGCAGGGACGCUCUAUGGGUGGGAGGUCCUCUUAAUGACACCACCGGCGACAGCAGUGGAGGCUACGCCUUCCACGAGACCUCCAGCACCCAGGACCGUCAGGCUCGACCCGCCGUGAUGGAGUCUAACACUCUGGAACCCACAGGCGCUGACGGGAAGUGCCUCAAGUUCUGGUACUCGCUCGACGGGCUGAGCGCCAAUCUGCUGAGGGUGAAGGUGAAGAGCGAGGACUCCAGGCAGAUGACCACCAUUUGGGAGACCCGCGACCAGACCAGAGGUGACUGGAAGGAGGCCCAGGCGCUCUACACCUUUAAUGGCAACCACACGCUGGUGGUGGAAGCUGUACCAGCAUCUGGUAUUAACCCUUUCCACAUCUUCCGGGGUCAUGUAGCUGUAGAUGACCUUGGGGUACGGGCGGGGCUAGAGUGUAUUGGCCUGUGCUCCUUUGAGGGCGGAAUGUGUGACUGGAGCAACGCUCGCAGUGAUGACUUCGACUGGCAACUGGGACGUGGCACCCAGAACCCAAUCACAGGACCUCCUAGGGAUCACAGCAGCUCACAAGGUGACCUCCUUGGUGGUGCUUACGUCUAUGUUGACUCUGGCUUCCCCAGGAGACCGGAGGACACCGCCAGGCUCGAGAGUAUUGAGUUCCAAGAGACAGACCCCAACAACCCACCGUGUAUGCGCUUCUACACCUACAUGUCAGGGCGUGGUGUAGGAAACCUUCAUGUAAUCCUUCAGGACGUGGUCUCCAGGAGGGAGCGAAUCCUGUGGGGCCUCACUGGCAACCAGGGAUCAGAAUGGGUCAUGGCUCAGCUCCCCCUCUCCUCCAACACCCCAUUCAAGGUGGUGUUUGAGGCCACUAUUGGAAAGCCACGACUGGGAGACAUCGCUGUAGAUGACAUCACCAUCAUCUCGGGUCCUUGUGCUACGCUCCCAACCGUGGCCUCCCCGCCCACCUCAGGAGACUGCACCUUUGAGGAUGACACGUGUGGCUGGACCAACCCCAACCUCAGGCAGCAAGUGGAUGAUCUGGACUUCUCACGAGUGAAGGCGUCUAACUUUGUGUUCCCCACCACCGAUCACUCCACCGGUAACCAGCAUGGUUUCUACGUGGCCCUGGAGAACCCAGAGAGAAAACUGGAGGGUGACCGGGCCUGGCUACUGUCUCCAGUCAUGAAAGGUCAACGUCAGAUUAAAUGUCUUUCGUUCUGGUACUUGAUGUUUGAACCCCUGGGUGAAGCAGAACCCAAUCUUGGUUCCUUGAGCGCCUUCUUGAUGAGAGAAGAUGACAAGAGCUCCAUCGUCCUCACACCCAUCUGGUCACUGCAGAAUUUCCAGGGACUCACUUGGUACUUUGGACAAGCUCCACUGAGAGCUGAUGGAGACUUCAAGGUUGUGUUUGAAGGUGUGUGGGGAGCUGCUGACAGUAAAGGAACCAUCGCUCUUGAUGACAUCAGCAUCUUUGAGGGCAACUGUCCAACAAUUCCAGAAGCAGCUGUAGUUCGAGCUGGUGACUGCACCUUCACUCGAGGCUCCUGUGGUUGGAGAAACCUCACCUCUGACCCUGACUUCUACUGGACCAGUGCCUCUGUUAUCCGCAGACCCAUCAACAUGAAGGACCACACUUAUGGGGCUUCAGCUGGUUACCUCUACUUUGACGUCUUCAAUCUCAACUCACGAACCCAGCGUCUGCAGCUUGUGUCCCCAGUGAUGGAGCCUUCAGUUGACCGAUCUCCCUUCUGCUUUACCUUCUGGUUUGCAGGUUUCGGUGCCGACAACAAUACCACACUUAAGCUCUUCCAACGACCUGCUCAGGAUGACAAUAACCAGCUCAUAAAUGACCUCACAGAUGAUAUUCUGAUCUGGAACUAUAAACUACAACAGACUAUUGAAUGGGAGUUUGCACAAGUUGCCCUUGUAUCUGGGACUCGCUUCCAAAUAGUCAUCGAGGGAAGUUCAUUCAACGGUGGCUUCACAGUAGAUGACUUCAAGGUGUAUAAUGGUGCUUGUGCCAGGAGACCGAGAGACGGGACAGCUAGUGCUCGGACAUAAUAAUUAGCCAACUCAAUAGGGUCCUGUUGUUACAAAUGAAAUUGGUAUCUUAUUAGUUUUUUUAAAUAAUCAAAGUCAGAAAAUUUGUGAUUUCAGCAUUUUCCCUGUAGUUUUUAUAAUUUUGCGUUCUCUUGUAGUCUUGUUAAAAUGUUUAUGCAGUAUUUUAUGAAUACCUGUUGUGUUGGAAUUAAUGCCUAAAAAGGAAUGUGUACAGACCAUUUACCUAGACAUGUGUUGGUACAAAAGAACUCUUAAACAUGUGCAUAAUAAUGUACUGUAUUCUUAAGUAGUAGUGUGACACCGAUUACUUUCUAUGUAUGAUGUGGUAUGAAUGGAAAUAUUGUACUAACAUUACAGGUAAUAUUAAAAGAGUGAUAAUGGUCGUUGGUCAUAGGUUGCAUCAACAAUGGCUGGUCAAAAUGUUCUGUCAAUGUCAGUCAAAACUGGUAAUGUAUACAUAGAGCAAUCUGACCCAACUAGAAAGAAACACUGGUGCAGGAAUAAUACUGAGGAUUGACAGAUCAUGAGAUUUAGGUUUAAUCCAGGGAUAAUAACUAUGACUGAUUUGGUAAUAUAUUUUGCUACACAUAUGGCAGUUUGUCUAAUGUGUCAUAUAUUUAUGCCUUACUAAAUAAGUGGAAGAAUAAAAAGUUUUGUUUUAUAUUGGUAGUACUGCCAUGGGCAUUAAAGGUCAACCAAUGCACAGCCUAAGUCUCCUCCUGUAUUAUGUGAAAGAAUGAACUGUACUUUAAUCUCCAGGAUAUAACUUAAAUACAAUUCAUUCAUUCUAUAUGCUUAAGUUCUACAGCGAAUCAGUUAUGUGGAAUAUCAUUGUCUGACUAUAUAAUGUAUGAAAUUUUCACACUUACGUACGUUUAAAAGAUUUUAGAAGAGGUAUCUGUACAUUAUUGGGAUGCUAGCCAUUGUGCUUUCAACUAAUAUGUUGUAAAUAUCAAACACAUACCCGGUACACCUUGGUACAAUGUUGUGUUGGCUUGGGUGAAGUUCGCUCUUGGUGAUGGUCUCUGGAUUAUUUUCUUCUUAACACGGCUUUUGGUUCCUAUGCUAUCUUGACAUCACUUUAAGAAAGUUAGUGGCAGUGUCUAUAUGUAUACAUAAUGUACAGUCCCACAAAAAAGUAUUGUCAGAUUUUCCGUCGCUACAGUUUGAAAUGCUACACAAAGUGCUUUGAUAUGAUCCCCAAUGCAUUAUCACAAGUUGGUACGCCUGCUCACCAUAUCAGCAACAGCUAGAAAUGGGGGUAGGAUUGGGGGGGGAAGUCAUCCUUGUAUGGCAUACUAUAGUACAUUUUUUCCCAGCUGAGAAAAUAUGCCCCUCCCACUUUUCAAGAGUUACAUCUGAUUGGCUGUUGCAAACCUGUCCGAUUUUGUCCCGAAGUAAUGAUGCAUUUCUAAAUGAGUUCAUUCAUAAUCGUUGGGAUGACCAUUUCUGAUGAGUAAGAUAUUUAGCUAAAUUAUAUAAAGAUACAUACCGUACAUUCUUUAUUUCAAACAUAAGCACUUAGGAAGUUUAUCAGAAGUGUUAUACAGUACAUGAAUUAAUUGUUAAACACUGGUAGCAAAUUCACGCUUUUGGAGGAUGCAUUAAAUAAAGACUUAUUUUUACCCACAAUAAGGCAUACUAAGACAAAUUACGUAUCAGUAAUACUACAUUAUGCAAAACUAACGUUUUAAAAGAUCAGAAUCACAUUGAAAUAUUACACGGCUGUUAGCAGAGGCGGGAAAAAUGACUGCAAACAACUUCAUAUUUUUCCUUAACAGUUUCUUUAAGGUCACAAGUGCCAUCCUGACACACUUCAGUAAGUUUACCUCAGAUCUAUAAUACUUCCACAUCAUUAAGCAGUGUACUGUACUCUACCUUAUUCUCUUGGGGUGGUGCUCCUUGACUAUUUUAGAAAAUAUUUGUACUGAAUUUGGAUAAUAUCUCAGCCUUUUUUUGUCAAUACAGUACAUACUGAAUUGCUUUGGGGUAUUAUUGACCAAUUCUUAUGUGUUUUUGUUUUUAAGAUAUUUUCUGCCAUUUCAAGGGCUCAAUUUAGGGUGCAUAUGUUUUGUUAUACCUUUUUACAGAUCGUUUGACUUUUGAAUUCGGAAUUUGUAAUAUGGGUACCUGUAUACUGUACUGUUCAGUACUGCACAGCAUAUGUAAGGUGAGGUCUCAUUUUUUGCUAAUGAAACAUUUAACACUUGAUCCAUCAGUCAUAAAUUUGCCUGCAUUUUGGGUACAGAUAUAAAUUGGUGGACAGGAUACCAUCUAUGCUGCACAAACUAAAAAUAAUGUUUUUCUCCAUAAAUGGCUUUUUUAUGUAAAGACCUUAAUAUACUCACUGUACAACUGCUGUUUAUGAUAUGUGGAGCACUGUUUAUGUAAAUAUUUUAAUUAAAAUUCUCUGAAUGAAAGAAUAAUUUAGAAUUGUACAUUUUUACUAUUAAUUUCCUCUCUGCUCUCUCUGUUACAUAUACUGUUGCUGUUCAUUGGUUCAGUGCACAAUUAGUGUUAAUUAAUGACUUUUUUUCAGUACAGUAUAUACGGUAUUACUUUAAGAGACAUCAGUGCACAGGUUGCAUGCCAUACUUACAACUCAGAGCCCGGGAUAAAUUCUGAGUGUACGUCAGAAUGGUGAGAAUUAGUGGUCAAGGUAAUUGUUCUCAUUAACCUAGAAGCCUUAUCACUGUACAUAACUUUAGGUAAUAAAUACUAAUAUUUAUUAGGCCAGACUUCCUUACAUUCACUCAGCAGAGAAAAAUUAAGUACUGUACUGUACAGUAGUAGUUUUCUGUAAGAGGAGCAGCUGUUGUGGCCAGUGGGGCAACAAUAUUAAAACCUCAGAUGAUUAUUUGUUUCAGUUUUUCUAAGAUUAAAGUUU